CUGGGCUAUAAAGCCGGGCCGCUGGCGCUCAGACACGGUCAGGAGUCAAAGACAGGCACGAGGAUGCAGUCCGUCCUGCUGGGCCAGGUCCUGGUGCUGCUCUGGGCGUCCACGGCUUGGGCUGAUGUCCUGGUGCAGCCAGAUUUUGAUGCCAAGAAGUUCUCAGGCCUCUGGUACGUGGUCGCCAUGGCCUCCGACUGCAAGGUCUUCCUGGGCAAGAAGGACCACCUGCUGAUGUCCACCAGGGCCGUGGCCGCCGGGCCUGGGGGCAACCUCAGCGUCCGCAUGGAGUUCCCCUGGGGUGACGGCUGCAAACACGUGGAAGCCGGGUUCCUAAAGGCGGGCGCCGAGGGACACUUCAGAGUCCCAGACUUGGGCUACCUGGACGUGCGCGUCGCGGAAACGGACUACAGCUCCUUCGCCGUGGUCUACAUCUACAAGGAGCUGGAGGGGGCGCUCAGCACCAUGGUGCAGCUCUACAGCCGAACCGAGGAAGCGAGUCCCCAGGCCCUGAAGGCCUUCAAGGACUUCUACCCGACCGUGGGGCUCCCGGAUGACAUGGUGGUCAUGCUGCCGAAGUCAGAUGCGUGCUCCCCGGGGGGCGGGGAGGCACCCUGACACCUCUGGAGACUCACCUGCACCCUUCCCAGGCGGAGGCCCCGGGCAAGCCGGAGCAGCAGGCCUCGCUCGUCACCCCAAGCCUUCCAGACCCCGGCCCUGCCCACCCCCUCCUGCUCACCCCCAUCCGCGGUGGGACGUCUCCCUGGCCCCCCCCCCUUCUGCUCAAUAAACUGAU